AUGUUGCUUCCUGAUUGGGCGCCCCUGAGCAUCUACCGUUUUGCCAGUUGGGCCAGGGGAUGCAUCGUGCCGCUGUCAAUAGUGCUGUCGCGCCGUCCGGUUCGACCCGUUCCGCCGGAACACGCCAUUGACGAGCUGUUUCCCGAGGGCCGUUCCCGGACCGAUUAUUCGGUGCCGUCGCCUCCCGGAUUCAAUCUGCCGAGGCUGGUGCAUUUGGCGGAGCAGGCGUUCGAGAAUAGCUACAGCCGCAUUCCUUUCAACCCGCUGCGCAAAAUCGCAGAGCGUAAGGUCAUUGACUGGAUCCUGGACCGCCAGGAAGAGGACGGGAGUUGGGGAGGAAUCCAACCGCCCUGGGUGUACAGCCUCAUCGCCCUGAGCGUGUGCGGUUUCGACAACGAGCAUCCGACCAUGUCCCGCGGCUUCGAGGGCCUGGACGGUUUUUCCAUCCAAAAGGGCGAUGGUUGGACAAUCCAGGGCUGCAUCUCGCCGGUGUGGGAUACUUGCCUGAUAGUUCAGGGGUUGGCCGAAAGCGGAUUGCCGCCGACUGAUCCCAUGUUGGAAUCCGCCACACGGUGGUUGGUCGACAAGCAGAUACUGGUCGGCGGCGACUGGCAGGUCCAGGCGCCACAGCUGCAGCCUGGCGGCUGGGCUUUCGAGUUCCACAACAACUGCUAUCCGGACAUCGACGAUACCGCGGAAGUCGUGCUGGCCCUGCGCCUGGGGAAAUUACCGGGCGCUGAGGACCGAUCGCGGGCAGACGCGAUUUCGCGCGCCCUGAUUUGGAUCCAUGGGAUGCAGAACAAGGAUGGCGGGUGGGCGUCGUUCGACAAAGACAACAAUCACGGUUACGUGACGGCCCUGACGUUCAGCGAUUUCGGCGAACUCCUUGAUCCAUCCAGCGCGGACGUCACGGCGCAUGUCCUGGAAAUGUACGCGAAACUCGGGUACAAGACCGACCAACGCUUUCUGCAACAGGCGUAUCGUUACCUGCGGCGGGAGCAGGAAGAAGAUGGUAGUUGGUUCGGGCGAUGGGGAGUAAACUACGUGUACGGAUUGGGGGCUGUUCUGCCGGGGUUGGAGGCCGCGGGUGAGAACAUGCAGCAGCCCUACAUACGUCGGGCGAUACAAUGGCUGAUUGACCACCAAAAUCCGGACGGUGGUUGGGGUGAAUCGUGCGCGUCGUACAUAGAUUCCGCGCAACGCGGAGUGGGGCCGAGCACCGCUUCCCAAACCGCCUGGGCUAUCAUGGCCCUGUUAGCCGCCGGAUACGACGACGACCAGGCCACGCACCGCGGCGUUUCAUACUUGGUGGACACACAGCUUGCGGAGGGCAACUGGGACGAGCCGUAUUUCACCGGUACGGGGUUUCCCGGAUACCUGAAAGGUGAACGGGUGGACCGGGUUCCACAGCCCGGCGAACGCGGGUUCCAGGGCGAAGAGCUGUCUGCGGGAUUCAUGAUCAACUAUCACCUUUAUCGAAACACCUGGCCACUGAUAGCCUUAGCACGCUAUCGGCAGCGCACGGCCCAACGAGUUUCGCGGGCGAAAUCCCAGAGCAACGGUCACCAGGCAGUCCAAGCCGAGGGUCGCUGUUCAACCAUCCUUGGAUAA